GUGUUUGUGGACCCCUGCAAUCAGCUGUUUAGCUGCUGUGCUUAUCAAAUUCUAUAAUUUGCGGUCCAAAAUUAUUCACUUAUAAAAUAUAGUUUAGUUUAAAUCAAUUUUAAUGAUAAGAUAAAAUUAAUUGAUAUAAUUCAUUAAUUAAAAUAUUUGCAAAACACACGACUGAAAUGUUAAAACUGUUUUCGAAACUAGCAGGCUCAAGUAUACGGUCACUACGAAUAAUAACCGCAGAAUCAAAUGUAAUAAAUCCCAAAGAGCUAAAAAGUGUCUCCUAUAACAGAAGUCAAUGGUUUAGUAACACACCUACAGCUGCAACAAAGAAAGAGAGCCAGCAGCAUUGUAAUGUGGGUACAAUCGGGCAUGUGGAUCAUGGUAAAACCACUUUAACUUCAGCUAUAACGAAAAUACUUGCUGAGAAAGGACUUGCAAAGUAUCAAUCAUACGAGCAAAUCGACAGAGCACCUGAAGAAAAAGCGCGUGGUAUAACAAUAAAUGCCUGCCAUAUUGGGUACGCAACAGCGGAGCGUACCUACGCGCACACCGAUUGUCCGGGGCAUGCGGAUUACAUAAAGAAUAUGAUAUCCGGUGCAUCACAAAUGGAUGGUGCCAUCUUGGUGGUCGCAGCAACCGAUGGACAAAUGCCGCAGACUCGUGAACAUCUGCUACUUGCCAAACAGGUUGGGAUCGAACGUAUAAUUGUAUUUAUUAAUAAAGCGGAUUUAGUUGAUCAAGAAGUACUCGAAUUAGUUGAGAUAGAAAUGCGUGAAAUGUUGACAGAUUUUGGUUUUGAUGGCAUCAAUAGUCCCAUAAUUUGUGGUUCUGCAUUAUUAGCAUUAAACGGGAAUACUUCACCGUUUGGUAUACCAGCAAUUGAAACUUUACUAAGCCAUAUGGACACUUAUGUGCCGACGCCAACUCGUGAUUACACAUCACCAUUCAUAUUGCCGAUUGAUAAUGCAUUCACUGUAUCGGGACGUGGUACAGUGGUCGUUGGCACUAUUAAACGUGGCACAAUGCUUAAAAAUGAUUUAGCCGAUUUGUUGGGUUUUAAUCAGAAUAUUAAAACCAGCAUAGGUGAUAUACAAAUAUUCAAAAAUAGUGUUUCCAAGGCUGUAGCCGGUGAAAAUGUUGGUGUAUUAUUGCGCGCCGUUAAAAUCUCCAGUGUUGAACGUGGAAUGCUAUUAUGUGCGGCGGACUCGGAGAAUAUAUCAAACCACUUUGAAGCCUCUAUGUAUCUGCUAUCACGUACUGAAGGUGGUCGUAGCAGGCCGAUGCUCUCAAAAUAUAUACAACAAUUAUUUAGUGCAACAUGGAAUGUGCCAGCACGUAUCGAUAUUAUACCUGCAGAAGGCAUGUUGAUGCCAGGUGAACAUGGUAAAGUGCGCAUAACGCUACUACGUAAAAUGGUUUUAAUACCCGGUCAAGCGUUUACCAUAAGAGAGAAUGGUGCAACUGUUGCCACGGGCAUGAUUACGGAGAGAAAACCAUCACUGGAUGUGCCUAAAAAUAAAUUAUCCAAAAUUGUGGUAAAUUGUUGAGUUGAUGUUCAUUAGUUGAAUUGACGUUGUAUAUAUGUAGAAAAUAAAAAAGCAAUUGUUUUCAAUUAUUUUAUGUAAUUUAUUCCAUUGAAAUAAGUACAUAAUUUCAUAAGUGCAUCUUUCAUUUUAACUGUAAUAAAUGUCGUUGUUGUUUUUA